AUGACUGCCGCUACCAAUGGCAUCAACGGCCACACAGUGCCUGGCAUCCAGGAAGGACAACUGCUGUACAUCGACGGGCAGUACAGACCAGCGGCCGGCUCCUCCACCUUUGAUGUGAUCAACCCUAUGACAGGGAAGAAGAUCUAUCAAAGUGCAUCAGCUGGAGUAGAUGACUAUGAAGCAGCCAUACUCGGUGCUCACAAUGCAUAUCAGACGUGGUCACGCACAUCACCAACGGCAAGGCGGCUGAUCAUGCUCAAAGCGGCCGAUAUUAUCGAAGGGUAUAUGCGGACCGAUGGACCUGAAAUCCUCUCAUCCGAAGUUUCUGCAACUAAAGCCUGGGUCAAAGUGAACCUCAUGGCUACGGCUGGGAUCCUGAGAGAGACGGCCGGACUGGUGACGCAUAUGAAAGGAGAAAUCGUGCCUGCGGACAGACCUGGGACUACCAUUUUGGUCACCAGAGAGCCCGUUGGCGUGGUGUUUGCAAUCAGUCCCUGGAAUGCACCGGUGAAUUUGACAGCAAGAGCCAUUGCAAGUCCUCUGAUAUGCGGAAAUACCGUCGUGCUCAAGCCUUCUGAGUUCAGUCCCAAAUCACAACAUCUGGUUGUCCGAGCGUUCAUCGAGGCUGGCCUCCCUGCUGGGUGUCUCAACUUCCUUCCGACUUCUCCCCAAGAUGCUGCAGCGGUCACAGAGUACACAGUCAAGCACCGUAAAGUGCUGCGCGUCAAUUUCACGGGGAGUGACAGAGUGGGCAAAAUCAUUGCCGGCUGGGCUGCCACGUGCAUGAAGCAGUGCGUGCUGGAAUGUGGUGGCAAAGCUCCGGUGUUGGUCCUGGAAGACGCCAACAUUGAAGACGCUGUUGAAUCCGUUGUGUUUGGAGCCCUAUCUAACAGUGGUCAAAUCUGCAUGUCAACGGAACGGGUCAUAGUCCAUGACUCAAUUGCCCAAGACUUCCAAGCUAGGCUCCUCGAGCGCGUCAGGAAAGUCAGCUACGGCAACCAUCUAGAGUCACCUGACGUGUCCAUGUCCGGACUGUACUCUUGCAAAUCGGCAGAGAGAGUGCUGGGUAUGGUGAAGACUGCAGUAGACGAUGGUGCGAAGCUGUUGCUGGGAGACAUGCAAACUACGGGCCCAAAUAAAACCAUCGUCGGCCCGCAUGUGCUCGGAAAUGUUACUCCCAGCAUGAAAAUCUUCCAGGAGGAGAGCUUUGGGCCUCUCAUCUGCCUUUCAACAACCUCUUCAGACGACGAGGCUGUGGAGUUGGCGAACGACAGCGAGUUUUCACUUUGUGCCAGCGUCUUUUCAAAAGAUGUGUUGAGGGCGAUGGAGGUAGCGAGGCGAGUCCGCGCUGGUAGCUGUCAUAUCAAUGGACCUACAGUAUACAUCGAAGCAACACUGCCGAACGGGGGCACGGGAGGUGCCAGCGGAUACGGACGUUUUGGAGGAAUUGCAGGUGUGGAAGAGUUUACAGAGCGCAAGAUCGUCAGCCUAGUUAAGCCCGGCAUGAAGUAUGCAUUCUAG